AUGGCUGAACUCAAGGUUGGAGAUAGCAUCCCAAGCGAUACCAAAUUUACCUACGUCCCAUACACCCCGGAAGCUGGAGAGAUCACUGCUUGCGGAAUCCCAAUCAACUAUGAUGCUGGAAAAGAAUGGGCCGACAAGAAGGUCGUUCUCUUCUCCGUCCCAGGCGCCUUUACACCUGGCUGCUCCGCUAAGCACCUCCCCGGCUACAUCAACAACCUGCCCGCGAUCAAGAGCAAGGGAGUUGAUGUCGUAGCCGUCAUUGCGUUCAACGAUGCGUGGGUAAUGAGUGCGUGGGGCAAGGCAAAUGGAAUCAAGGAUGAUGAUAUUCUCUUCCUCAGCGAUGCCGACACAGCAUUCUCGAAGAAGCUGGGCUGGACCGCUGGCGAGCGCACCGCGCGAUAUGCCUUGAUUAUCGACCAUGGAAAGAUCGUGUAUGCGGAGAAGGAGCCUGGUCGUGAAGUCUCUGUUUCUAGUGCCGAGGCUGUGCUCGCGAAGCUUUGA